UUUUUGGAACAAUCGGAAUGAUUUUUUGAUCAAAACGGAACAAACCUCUCUAAAAUUCGGGGGAAAAUGGUAAAUACUCGCUAAGUCUUUGCCUGGCGUGUAACAAUUUCGGGUCUUUUUUCUUUCCACGAUGGGAUAAUCAAUUCUCCUUUUCUCUGAAGGAUUUCCAUACUUGGGGAGACAACAUAUCAGGCAUUUAAACAAUCUUUUCAGUUUAAAGAACGUAUGGACGAGCUUGAACAACAGAUGGUCAAACACGGACAAGAAUUGAAUGCCUACAAAGACAAACACAAUAUUCGAUUGCUGAGCAACAAAGAGGCAAUGGAAUUACAAAAGAAGCAGGCAUUGGCGCAAAUAUCAAAAUUGGAUUUGGGGACGAAGGAGACGAAAACAUAG